UCAUGGACGAGGACGUAACCAUCAAGACCCAGGCCGCCUGCCGUCGCACGGCCAAGGUCAGGCAGUUCAUGGCAGCGUUCUUAGUAAGUCUGCUCGGAUGUUGCAGUGGGAUGUCAGUGGCCUGGGUUGCUCCGAUGCAGCCUUUAUUGAUGUCUGAACAUCCACCAGUCGGGACCGAGCCCAUGUCCGAGGACAUAAUCGCUUGGUUGGCUUCAGUCAACUAUCUCGGAAACGCAGGCAUUUGGUUCUGGGGGCUGGCUACUGACCGGGUUGGGCGGAAGGCAGCAGCAUGCUUCUGCUCCAUAUCUUACAUCGUUUGUUAUGUUGUUACACUAUUUGCACGUGACUAUGUCUGGUUGAUUGUUGCGAGACUUUCUUCUGGCGUUGGAAUCGGAGGAAUAUCACUGGCAGUGCCACUUUUCAUCGCCGAAAUGGCACAAGACGACCUUCGAGGAUUUUUUGGAUCUUUUGGCGUUAUAUUUUUCAAUGUUGGGGUCGUUUACACUUACGUAGCUGGCACUUGCCUGAGUUAUCGAGCAUUUACAAUAUGCUGUCUGAUUAUCCCCAUUAUUUUUGUAAUAUCUUUCGUAUGGAUGCCCGAAACUCCCAUAUUCCUUUGGAAAAAUGGGGAGAUUGAAAAAGCAGAACAAUCUCUGCUGUGGUAUAGAGGAGGAGACUCCGCCGAGACUACGAGAACUUUAGAAAGUUACAAAUUAUUUCCAAAAGAAAGAAACAAGAGCAUGAAGUCCUUAAAAUCUCUAGUGUCUACCAAAGGAAACACAAAAGCAUCAAUAAUUGGAUUAAUUCUUAUGACAGCGUUCCCUUUAUCUGGGUACUUGACAAUAUCCACUUUCGCUGUGAGUAUUUUUGACGCGUGCGGUAGCUCAAUUUCUUCAUACCAAUCGGCUAUUACUAUGGCCACAGUACAAAUGAUUUCCGCCUUUUUUUGUUCUUUCGCAAGUGAUCGAUUCGGGAGAAAGGGACUAUUGUUAGCAUCUUUACUAACAAUCGCUUUAUUUCUAGCAAUAUUGGGAGCUUUCUUGGUACUUUCCGUUAAAGAUAACUUAAAUUUCAUUUCAAGAUUGACACCAAUAUUAUGCCUUUCAAUUUGUAUGGCAGCUUUUGCUGCAGGUUUAGGUCCAGUAGCUUAUAUAAUAAUGUCAGAGAUAUUUACACCAGACACGAGAGGAUGUGCUAUGUCAGUGCUUUCAUUAUAUAUGUGUAUAGUUGCAUUUACAAUGAAUAAGUCAUUUCCGAGCAUGAAAGAAUUGUUUAGGCUUGAAGGGUGCUUCUUCUUUUACAGUUUUUGUUGUUGUAUAUUUGCAUUAUUUUUCUAUUUUUAUUUGCCAGAGACCAAGGGAUUACCUCAAAGUGAAAUAUUGCAGCUGCUUAAUGAAGAAAAUAUCACGAUAGCAAGUAGCGCAAAGGAAACGGAAAAGUUAAACAAAUGCAGUGAGCUGUAACCCAAAGGAAGUGAUUGGGAGUGCUGUCUUAGGUGGUACAACUUUGAUAAACCCUUAUACUGUGAUGCCGUUGGAAAAAGGAUUAUACACUACAAUACAGAGAAAAGACAAAUAAAAAUUGGUGUUAGGAAAUUGUAGUGCUCCAUAAUAAAAUUCUUCCAAUGGUUUUAAAAAAUAAAAGCUUUUAAUGGUAUGUAUUUUUGAACAGAGAGUGGUAGUCAUUGAGGCGCUGGAGCUUUAUUUAAAAAUUUAAUAGUGAUUAUUGUAAUUAUGUAGUAAAUUUAAUCAUGUAAUUUAAUCAUACAUAAUAUGUAAAUUUGAUUUAUCAAUAAUAAAGACACGUUACCAUGUAUAUAAUAGUUUCCGUUGUUUAUGCAUGAAACAAUUACUAAAAAUAUAACAUACAGUUAUGCGAAUGAUUUACAGGAUUUAGUUGUAUUUCAGAUUAUACGAUACCCUUAAAAUGAAUGACCUGUCAUAAACAACAAUUUUCCCUUACCACGGUGCUUUUUGUAUGGGCAAAUUGAACGUGUGCAGACUGUGUAGUAAAGGAUUUGAACUUACUACAAAUAAUUCUUAAAUAGUUAAUAAAUUAUUUUAUUACUACAUA